AAGAGCCGAAAGUGACGAUCCAAUGAAAAACAGAAUCCUCAGCUUCGCCACUACCACCACCCCCACCUCCCCUUCUGCUAUUCAGAUAUGAAGAAACCUAGACACAAACCCCAAAUCCACCUACUUUUUCUUGUUUUUACCUAGGAUUUUCUCACAGUUUCUCCGUUCCUUCUUCUGAUUCGGGGUAUUGGCAUAGUCAUGGAAGCGGGAUCAAACGUUGCGAGUGUUUUCUGUGUGAUAUGAUUCGGGGGUUAGGGACGAUGGGUAUCGGAGGCUGAGUCCGGGGCUCGGAGAUCUCUGACUCGUUUGAGUCGGUUUUCUGGGUGGUUGUGGUUCGGGAGGUUUAGAUCUGGGUGGGGGUGGAUAGAUUUAGGAGGGGUUUCGGAUCGGGAAUGGUGAGUGGUAGCUGAGUUGAGUCGGCGACUCGUUGAGGCGGUGCCUUUGGGGAGAAAGUGGUAGCGGUUGUGAGUGAAAAAAAUGCUUUUGGAGGUUUUGUUUUUGGUGGUUUGAGGAAACGUUUUCAGUGCUUUGAGUAACGCUGAGAUCGUUGUCGGUUUAAAGCCCUGAUCUCGAAAGAUUUGCAUUUUCUUGUGUUUGGCGCUGCUUCGUGGUGAGAAAACAAGGAUAACUGCUUACAGUUCUGGGUAUUUGAACUGUUCAAAUAUCGAAGCUUUGGAAGAAGUUUAACUCAAAGGCUGCAUAAGUAUUAGGAUUGGCGGUUCAGAGCUUGAAAUCGCUAUAGAAGAAGAGAGUUGUUUGCGUUUUGAAUAAUCUUCGUGGGUUUUUGGAGUUGAAGUGAUGAUGGCAAUGUCCUGCAAGGAUGGUAAAGGCAUAAUGGAUAAUGGCAAGUAUGUGAGGUAUACACCUGAGCAGGUUGAAGCCCUGGAGAGGCUCUAUCAUGAGUGCCCGAAACCCAGUUCUAUUCGGCGCCAACAGCUGAUUCGGGAAUGUCCGAUUCUGUCCAAUAUUGAGCCCAAGCAAAUCAAAGUUUGGUUCCAGAACAGAAGAUGCCGAGAGAAGCAGAGGAAAGAGGCGUCUCGCCUCCAAGCUGUGAAUAGGAAGCUGACCGCCAUGAACAAGCUUUUGAUGGAGGAGAAUGAUAGGUUGCAGAAGCAGGUGUCUCAACUGGUGUAUGAGAAUGGCUACUUCCGCCAACAUACCCAGAACACAACGCUUGCCACAAAAGACACAAGUUGUGAGUCGGUGGUGACGAGCGGUCAACACCACUUGACCCCUCAGCAUCCGCCCAGGGAUGCUAGUCCUGCAGGGCUUUUGUCCAUUGCAGAAGAGACUUUAACAGAGUUUCUUUCAAAGGCCACUGGAACUGCUGUAGAGUGGGUCCAAAUGCCUGGAAUGAAGCCUGGUCCGGAUUCCAUUGGAAUCGUUGCUAUUUCUCAUGGUUGCACUGGAGUGGCAGCACGAGCCUGCGGCCUGGUGGGUCUAGAGCCUACAAGGGUUGCAGAGAUCCUCAAGGAUCGGCCAUCCUGGUUUCGUGAUUGCCGAGCUGUGGAUGUGCUGAAUGUGUUGCCCACUGCAAAUGGUGGAACUAUUGAGCUGCUUUACAUGCAGCUCUAUGCGCCUACUACGUUGGCGCCUGCUCGUGACUUCUGGUUGUUACGUUAUACUUCUGUUAUGGAGGAUGGAAGUCUUGUGGUCUGUGAAAGAUCACUUAAAAAUACUCAGAAUGGUCCAAGCAUGCCACCAGUGCAGCAUUUUGUGAGAGCAGAAAUGCUGCCAAGUGGCUACUUGAUAAGACCUUGUGAAGGGGGUGGUUCAAUCAUACAUAUUGUUGAUCAUAUGGAUUUAGAGCCAUGGAGUGUGCCUGAAGUGUUGCGUCCUCUGUAUGAAUCAUCAACAGUGCUUGCUCAAAAAACAACAAUGGCGGCUUUGCGCCAGCUGAGACAAAUAGCUCAGGAGGUUUCUCAGUCUAAUGUCACUGGUUGGGGUAGACGACCUGCAGCACUGCGAGCGCUUAGCCAGAGGCUGAGCAGAGGUUUUAAUGAGGCUCUCAAUGGGUUUACUGAUGAAGGGUGGUCAAUGAUGGGAAAUGAUGGCAUUGAUGAUGUUACCAUCCUUGUGAACUCAUCUCCUGAGAAACUAACAGGCUUAAAUCUUUCCUUUGCUAAUGGAUUUCCUGCAGUCAGCAAUGCUGUGUUAUGCGCUAAAGCAUCAAUGCUUUUGCAGAAUGUGCCUCCAGCAAUACUUCUUAGGUUUCUGCGGGAGCACAGAUCAGAAUGGGCAGACAACAAUAUUGAUGCUUACUCAGCUGCAGCUGUAAAAGUUGGUCCCUGUAGUUUGCCGGGGUCUCGAGUUGGAAGUUUUGGGAGCCAAGUCAUACUUCCACUGGCUCACACUAUUGAGCAUGAAGAGUUCUUGGAGGUCAUUAAGCUGGAAGGUGUCGGCCAUUGUCCUGAAGAUGCAAUGAUGCCUAGAGACAUGUUUCUCUUGCAACUAUGCAGUGGAAUGGAUGAGAAUGCUGUUGGCACCUGUGCUGAACUCAUAUUUGCUCCCAUUGAUGCUUCUUUUGCUGAUGAUGCACCUCUUUUGCCUUCUGGUUUUCGCAUCAUCCCUCUUGAUUCUGGGAAGGAAGCCUCCAGUCCAAAUCGCACCCUAGACCUUGCAUCUGCUCUUGAGAUUGGGCCAGCUGGGAAUAGAUCAUCAAAUGAUUAUUCUGUUAAUGGUGGCAAUACUAGAUCUGUUAUGACAAUUGCAUUUGAAUUUGCAUUUGAAAGCCACCUACAAGAAAAUGUAGCAUCCAUGGCUCGGCAGUAUGUGCGCAGCAUUAUAUCAUCUGUUCAGAGGGUGGCAUUAGCUCUCUCUCCUUCGCAUUUAAGUUCCCAUGCUGGUCUUCGGCCACCACUGGGCACUCCUGAAGCGCACACACUUGCUCGUUGGAUCAGUCACAGCUAUAGGUGCUACCUGGGUGUGGAGCUACUCAAAUCCAGUGGUGAAGGGAGUGAGACCAUCCUAAAAACACUGUGGCAUCUCUCAGAUGCUAUCAUGUGCUGCUCUCUGAAGGCAUUACCUGUAUUCACCUUCGCAAACCAGGCUGGUCUUGAUAUGCUUGAGACAACCUUGGUUGCACUGCAAGACAUUACCUUGGAGAAGAUAUUUGACGAUCAUGGACGCAAGACUCUCUGCUCAGAGUUCCCUCAGAUAAUGCAACAGGGUUUUGCUUGCCUUCAAGGUGGUAUCUGUUUGUCAAGCAUGGGCCGUCCUGUCUCAUAUGAAAGAGCUGUGGCAUGGAAGGUGCUGAAUGAAGAAGAGAACGCCCAUUGUGUCUGUUUUAUGUUUAUGAACUGGUCUUUUGUCUGACCUUCUGACCAGAACUAAAAGUACAGUGUAUGAAGAGUACUAGAACACUCUUUAAGACCAUUAUUCUCGUCUUUUCUUUUUUCUUUUUUGUUCCUUGUUUGUCUUUUUGUUGUGGAAACCCUGGAGUACUGAUUAGGACCAAUGUUCCCAUGUUUUUAGGCCUGCUGUUGAGAUAUUUACCCUGAAACUACCUUGUGUUCCAUUUUGGGUAAUUUCAUGAUCUCUUCAGUUCCUGAAUAGAAGAAUUAUCUCUAAUGUAAUUAUUUGUUAAAAUGGAGGAAAUGCUUGAAACCA